AGGAGCUGCAUCUGCACAGAGAGGACACACAGCUGGUUGUGCUAACUUGAGUGGUUUGUCGGCAGCGCUCAUUUUCAACUUUUAAAGAGGUUUUGUCGCGGCCACUUGUGAUAAGCAGCCUGGUUACCAAACUGAGUUUUGAUGAAACCCCACCAAGAACGAAGCAGCAUACUUUCUUUCUGUAUGGAUCUGAGGUGAAGCCAACGAUAUAAAAACUCAGAUGUGCAUUUGUCAAGACCCCGGUUCCAUAAAUUAGAGAUGGAAAAAGAUGUUCCACUACUGAAAAGAAAUGUGAAGUUAGAGAGAGGAUUAUGACAAGAUUGUAUUUGGUGUCUGCAGCCAUGAAAUCUGGAAUCCAGUGAAGGAGGUCCUGCUGAUCUGUACUGAUGGCAGAUAUUCUCCCCACCAGUUUACUGGAAGCCUGUGUGGUAAUUGGAGCUUCAAAUGAAAAGCUGAAGGAAGUUCUCCAGGUACAUCAGCAUGGAAGGAGUGAUGACUUCACACUCCUAGACCCAGAAGUUUUGCAAGUUCACGUCCCUCCCUUUGUGACCAAAGAGGAUCUGCUGUCAGGAUCCCAGACUCUCAGUAACUUCAACAGGACCCAGAGGCGACGCUCCUUCAUCAAGAAGAAGAGAGAAAAGCCUGUUGCAGCUUUGGAGAGGAACAACGGGAACAAUGACCCUGUCACAGAAGACAUCAGCGUCCCAAAAGACAUUGACCUGAUUGGAUUACCUCAGCUUUGCUUUCCUGGGGGCCUGCAGGUAGUGAAUGAAUCUAAAGCAGACCAUUUCCAUUUCCUGGUUUUCACAGAUGUCUUUGGGAACAGGACAUACGGUGUUGUGGUUCAGUACUACAAGCCAGUGCAGUUCCCCGAAGAUGGAAGUCGCUACCAGAAUGUGCAUGUACACUGGAAUUUAGCCAAAGCUCCAAGACUCUACGCUGCUGUUGGCAUAUGUGUCAUAUCUAAAUAUGCUUACUACAAUGCCCUGAAGGACUGUCUUUCAUGUUUGCUCCUUCAGCUCAAGUCCUGCAGAGGCACUGACUUUGAAGACAGAGUGAAAGAAUUUGCUGCGAACGUGGCUUUGGUACCAAGCCCACCUCCUGGGCAGUUGCAUUUGGUGUUCAACAUGAAGCCGCUGCAGAUAGUGCUUCCGUCCAGAGAAGAUCUUGAUAGCCCGGUUGUUGAUUUGGAUCUGCAUCUUCCGUUCUUGUGUUUCAAACCCAAGCAGGUUCUGCAGAUAAUGACGUGCAUUCUAACAGAGCAGAGAAUUGUCUUGUUUUCUUCUGACUGGGCUUUGCUCACGCUGAUUGCAGAGAGCCUUGUAUUGUUUAUUCAUCCACUUCAAUGGCAACACACCUUUGUGCCGAUUCUGUCCAGGCAGAUGCUGGAUUUUGUAAUGGCUCCUACAUCGUUUCUCAUGGGGUGCCAUGUUAAUCAUUUUGAUGAAGUUGCUGCGGAGACGGAUGACCUAAUUUUGAUAAAUAUUGAUAAUGGAUCAAUAUCAUCCUCCUCUUCCCGGGAGCUCGAUAUUCCUGAUGUCCCUUUAGGUGCUGCCGAAUGUUUCAUGAGCAGGCUUAAAGGUGUCCAAAUGCACUACGACUUGAAGCUCUCUCGCCUGGGCUCCAGUACAGAGCUGAAUGAUUUACGAAUGCAAAGGAGACAGUGGCAGCAAAGGCUGAACUGGCAAAUACAGCAGAUUACCUUGGAAUUAAUUGUCAGUAUCUUCAGGGAAGUCAACGAUCAUCUCAAUUAUAGAGUUUUUAACAGUGAAGAAUUUCAGAAGUCCAGAGACCCAGCAGAUCAACCUUUUUACAAGAAGGUGCUGGAGACGCACAUAUUUCAUUCGUUUCUUAAAGCACGACUAAACAGAAAGAUGGACGCCUUCACUAGAAUGGAGCUAAGCACACGAUCUGAAGCACACCGGGUGAAACUUAUGCUUGAAUCCCCACGAAGACCCACCAUGCAAGAGAUGGCUCUGAAAUACAGCAGCCCUGAGAAUCGCUGCUUCAAAGGAAUAAGUAUGCCUGAUCUUGCAGACCAGAGAAUUCACGACUUUCCAGUCAGCAAGAGUUCACUGAAGAAACUGGAGUCAGAGACUGCACUGAAGAUUCCACGGAACCCUAUCAAAAGCUUUAAGCUUCCAGACUUUCCUUCACCCUUAGUUUACCAUCAUGUCCAGAGCUAUUACACAGAGUGCAUUGUUCUGCUGAGCAAGGCUGUCUCCUCUGUUCCACCCGAGAGCUCAGCACUGCUCGCCAGGUACUACUACCUUCGAGGAGUCAUGAACAUGAUGCUUGGGAAGCGCUUAGAUGCUCUGUCUGACUUCCAGAAUCUCUACAAGACUGACAUAGGAAUCUUUCCAGCUGACCUGGUGAAGAAGCUGGUGGAUUCUCUGGCCCAGGAAGAGUGGCUUCAGGCAGAGAAACGGUCUGAGCUGAAACGCUUCAUCAGUAAAGUGAAAAAAGACAAUGAAACAGGCUUGGUGAAAUCUGAUGAUCACGUCAAAAACUUUGCGCUCCCGAAAAAACACAUGCAGCUGGAAGAUUUUGUGAAGCAAAUUCAGGAAUCUGGCAUUGUGAAGGAUAUUGGAACUAUUCAUAGAUUGUUUGAUGCUCUUACUGUAGAAUCAUUUAAGAGUGACUUUGGUGGGCAAGGUCUGGAUACAGCAGUCAGGGUGGCUCCUUCGCAAUCUGUAUUUUACGUUGACUCUCAUCUGGAUGGUCAACAGAAACAGAUUGACCCUGAGACAUUUAAAGUGUUCUACACGUUCUGGAAGGAGACCGAAGCAGAGGCGCAGGAUGUCCAUCUUCCUGCUGAAGUAAUCGAGCACCUGGACAAGAACGAGAGCGUCUACAAGCUGUCCUGUUCUGUGAAGACCAACCACGGGGUGGGCAAGAUAGCAAUGACCCAGAGGAGACUCUUCCUACUCACAGAGGGGAGGCCCGGAUACAUUGAGAUCACAGCAUUCCGAGACAUAGAGGAAGUCAAAAUGUCUUCUGCUGCGUUCCUUUUACUACGAAUACCUUCCCUUAAGAUAAAAACAACUCUAAGAAAGGAGAUGUUUGAAGCCAAUCUGAAAUCGGAGUGUGAUCUUUGGCUUCUGAUGGUGAAAGAAAUGUGGGCCGGGAAGAAAAUGUCAGAUGAUCACAAGGAUCCUCAGUAUAUGCAACAAGCAUUAACCAAUGUUCUGCUUAUGGAUGCUGUGGUGGGUUGUCUGCAGUCACAGAAGGCCAUCUAUGCUGCUACUAAACUGGCAUUUUUUGACAAAAUGAAGUAUGAAGUUCCAAUGAUGGUUCCUAAAACGACAUCUGAAACGCUAAAGCACAAGAUUAAUCCAUCUGCUGGCCAGACGGCUCCACAGGCAGUGGAUGUCUUGCUCUACACACCAGGUCACUUGAACAUAUCUGAAGUAGGUGGGGGUGCCAACCCAAAGCUGUGGUGUGCUCUGAGUGAUGGCAAAGUGGUGGUGUUUGAUGCAGCAAGCUGGUCUAUGCAGCAGAAUUGCAUUCAAGUGGGAACUUCGAAACUGAAUUGUAUGUUGGGGCUGGAGCAGAAUCAAGUUUGGAUUGGUUCCCAGGAUUGCACCAUUUACAUUAUAAACACUGUGAGCAUGUCGUGUAACAAACAGCUCACAGAUCACCGCAGUGAAGUCACCGACAUGGUCAUCGAGGACAGCAAUGACAAGUUCAGUCAGAUACAGGCAUACUCCUGCAGUGCGGAUGGAACUAUAAUUACCUGGGAUGUCUUCACACUUAAAGUGAAGAAUCAGUUCCAUGUGGAAUGUCAAAGGCUCACUUCUCUCAAACUAUUCCGUGGCACGCUGUGGUGUUGUGCUGGGGAGUGUAUCAUGGAACUGAGGAAGAAUGGAAUGCCGUACCGCAAGAUGCUGCUUCCUGACCAUCCCGGGGGCAUUGCUGCUGCUGGGUUCAGCUGUUUUCAACUUUUUAUUGAGCGUGACCAGCUGUGGACUGCUUCUGCUGGAUGUGGUGAGCUUUGUAUCUGGCAUGUUAAAGACCUGUCCAAACCCUUUCAUAGAAUCCAACUGCAGGACUGCACAGGGGUCAGCUGUAUGAUAAAAGUCAAGAACCAGAUCUGGGUUGGCAGCAGGGGUAAAUCGCAGGGUAAAUUGAGAGGAAAGAUCUAUGUGGUGGACAUCGAGAAGCACAGUGUGGAGAAGGAGCUGGUGGCCCACUCAGCGGCUGUGCAGGCACUGUGCUCUGUGGAGCACAGAUAUGUGCUGAGUGGAUCCUCUUGUGAAGAUGGUAAAGUGGCUAUCUGGAAGGUGGAGUGAAGAUGCUCUGCAACCUGAAUCGAUCCAACACUCUACAGUAACUGAACCUUCUGGAGAACCCAUCUCCUCAUGGGAGAUGUGAGAACACAAAUGAAUCGAUCCAACACUCUACAGUAACUGAACCUUCUGGAGAACCCAUCUCCUCCUCAUGGGAGAUGUGAGAACACAAAUGAAUCGAUCCAACACUCUACAGUAACUGAACCUUCUGGAGAACCCAUCUCCUCCUCAUGUGAGAACACAAAUGAAUCGAUCCAACACUCUACAGUAACUGAACCUUCUGGAGAACCCAUCUCCUCCUCAUGUGAGAACACAAAUGAAUCGAUCCAACACUCUACAGUAACUGAACCUUCUGGAGAACCCAUCUCCUCCUCAUGGGAGAUGUGAGAACACAAAUGAAUCGAUCCAACACUCUACAGUAACUGAACCUUCUGGAGAACCCAUCUCCUCCUCAUGGGAGAUGUGAGAACACAAAUGAAUCGAUCCAACACUCUACAGUAACUGAACCUUCUGGAGAACCCAUCUCCUCCUCAUGUGAGAACAGAAAUGCAGGACUUGCUGAACAAUGAUUUUUUCUCUCCUAAAUCCUAUCCAGAAACCUGGACUCCAGUUUCACAGCUGAAUUUGAACUGGGUCUGGCUUUGUCCUUUUUUGGUAUUGUGGAUUUUGGUCCUCUACACUAAACCUUUGUACCUCUGCGGCCUUAGACCAUAGACAAAUUGUCCAUACAAAGAUGCCUUUUCUAAAGUGUAUGCACUACAGUUGAUAUAUUACAGUUAAUAUGUAUCUGAAUGUUUCAUUACUAAAAUGGAAAAGCCCUUAUAACUAUGUUAAAAUACUUUGUGUAACUUCUAGUUAAAGCAUACAAUUCCUGCAGGAAGUUACUUGUUGCUUUUAGUUUUCUAUUCACUGCAUAAGGUUUCCAUGGUUUAAUAUGUCAAAUCAAGGAAAACCAUUUUUUUAUGGGAUAUUAUUUUUAAAAUGUAAAGUGUAUGUAGACAGUUUGGCGAGUUGAUGCAGUUUUUAAUUGUAAAUCUCUGUAACACUUUUUUCUUACACUGCCUAUCCCUGUUUUGUUUUUUAAUCCUUUUUUUUUUUUUUUAAAACUCCCUUUAACGUCAUUUAAAUAUACCUUAAUUAAAUAGGCAAAUAGUAUUUAAAUUAGUAUAUUACGAGCACAUACAACAAAAUGUGCACUUUGCGAAUUGUUGUAACGAAAAUGCAAACUGCGGUAUGUUUGCGCUGCGACUGGCCCAUCUUAGUACAUCUAACCCUUAGUAUUUUUACUUGGUUAAUAACUGUUGCUUUGUAAGAUAAAAUAUUGUAAUUACUGUUUGCAACCGCUGGAGGCCCUUGUAUAAGCAACUUUAUGAAACGAAGACAAGAAAUUUACAAGAAAAAGCAAUGAGAUUUUGUGAUUUUUAAUUAAUUCAUUCUUUUCAGAUCUAACUUUUUUGCACAGUACAGUUCAAUAUUUGAGAUCUGUUUUACAGGUUUAUAUACAAAAUGCAUUAUUUAAAUACUUGAAUAAUAAUGUGUGUUAGUUUUGUCACUCCAGUGCCUUGCAGCUGAGUCCAGAGACUAGGGUCUUGGGAGUAAUGGGUCUCCUGAUUGCACAGCGAUUGGAUCAGGAAAUCAUGCAAGGCUAAAGCAGCAUUUACAGUCUGCCAGUGACAGGAUCCUCUGCCUUCCUCCACCUCUGUCAGCAAGUGCCACUGCUUGGUGGAAACCAGGUAGCACUCGGAACUGAAUGAAAAGUAUUCUUGCUGACGAUUUCAAUUGUGUACUGCCCCUCCCUUCUUGGCAGUUGAACGUUGUGUGGCAGGGCUGAGGCCCGGCAGGCCUUGUAAUGAGUGUGUGUGUGUUUUUUUGUUCUGACUAAUGCUUGUUUAUUUUGAAUGUAAAUGUGGAAGGGAUGGGGUUAAAAUCCCAUUCCAGCCAAAUCCAUGUGCAGAAUAUGGCCAGGUGCUGGCUGAUUGAUUGAUUGUCAAUCAGCCCCAGCCCCUUCGUUAUGGGUCUUUUAGUUUGGUGAAAGGACUGGGAGCAGCAGGUUGUGCUCCUUGGGUCUGCACUGUGAUAGCUCUGUUUGCGUGCAUUCAUUUGUUUGCUGAACUGCAGUCUUUCGUCUCUGUGUCUGCCAUUCCUGCUGCUGGCCAGCCAGGUCCACACGUUGCCCUUCCACAAUAGGUAUCUCGUACCUGCUGACCAUGUUUCAAUGCAGGAAGGCCACAGUGUUGCACUCAAAUAAGAGGGUGUGAUCUGCCACCUGAACCAGAGAAAAGCAAUUCACUUCACCUCCAGAAUAUCUGUGUACUGAUCGUUUGAGUGCAAAAGAGAAACUGGUAGGGCAUUUCGAUGCAUAGGGAAAACCUGGAGGAAGUACAGCACUUUAGAAUAGAACAUGAUCUUCAUGGCUCUCUGAUAAACAUGUCGCAACAAGGUUCAUGAGGUGAGAUUAAAUGCAAGAAAAACAAGCACACACAAAUGCUACUGCAAUAUGUUUUAUUCUGAGUGGAGUUGUGAACAAUGUCUUUUGUACAACACACUAUCCAUGGAAUACGUUUAUUCUUCUCCUUUUGAGUAAAUAAACUCCGUAUUUUCAAA